ACGUGCCACGUGCGUGUCGCACAGAGAUGCGGAAGUACAGAACCGUUGUUGUUUUGCUAAUCAGAAGAUAGCUUCUUAUAUACUGUCUAUGGAAGAUAGCCUAGCGAAUUAUUCUCGGUAACCGUUACCAAGCAAACAACACCCAUGGUCAGGAUGACCCAGAAGCACUGCCUGGAGGGCCAGGUGUACUCUGUGCCUCUCAUCCAGCCAGACUUGAGGAGAGAGGAGGCUGUCCAUCAGAUAGCAGAUGCAUUACUCUACUUGGAGACCAUUUCUACAGAUAUUUUCAGAAGGGUGUCUGACAGUGUAGAGAAGAACCGCAGCCAGCUGCAGAGCGUCACUGACCGGAUUAGACUAGCUCAGGCCCGUGUCGACAAGAUCAAAGGCAGUAAGAAGGCCACCAAGGUUUUCUCCAGUGCUAAGUACCCGGCCCCAGAUCGACUUCGGGAUUACUCAUCUAUCUUUAUUGAGGCUACAGACCCCUCCUCACAAACCCGCCCCCGACACAGGAUACAGAAUAAACUUCGACCCUUUGAUGAGAAGGCCUUGCAGGAGAAGUUAAUGUAUUUCCCAGUGUGUGUGAGCAAGAAGAAGAAAUCUGAGGAUGAGACAGAGGAGGGGCUGGGCAGUCUGCCACGCAACAUCUCAUCUGUCAGCUCCCUGUUGCUCUUUAAUACUACAGAGAACCUAUAUAAGAAGUACGUGUUCCUUGAUCCUCUGGCGGGAGCAGUGACAAAAACACACACAACACUAGAGACCGAAAAAGAAGAGAAGCCGUUUGACGCACCAUUGUCCAUCACGAAGAGAGAGCAACUAGACAGACAGACGGCAGAGUCUUAUUUCUAUGUGCCAGACCUGGGUCAGGUACCGGAGAUAGAUGUGCCAUCUUUCCUGCCUGACCUGCCAGGCAUCGCAGAUGACCUGUCCUACAGUGCAGACCUCGGGCCCGGCUUCGCCCCGUCAGGACCCACACACAACAUCCCUGAUCUGCCGUCCUUCUCUGAGGAGAGCAACGCACAUGGAUCUCCGCUCCAACCUAACAUUUCACCUCCUCCACCACCACCUCCUCCUCCUCCUCCUGAGCCUGCCCUCACUCCCACCAUUCCUGCAGGAGCUCCCCCUCCUCCCCCUCCUCCACCACCUCCUCCUGUUGACAGCCCCACAGAAGUCUCUCGGUUGCCAAGUUCAGGUCCUGUGUCUGGUACUCCCAACAAGGUGGUUGAGCCGUCAGACGGCCGUGCCAGCCUCCUGGAGUCCAUCCGCAACGCCGGAGGCAUCGGCAAAGCAAAGUUACGCAACGUUAAAAAACGCAAGAUGGAGAAGAAGAAACAGAAGGAGCAAGAGCAAGCAGUGGGAGCAGCGUCUACUGGUGGAGACUUUAUGUCUGAUCUCUUCAAUAAACUUGCCAUGCGAAGGAAAGGCAUAUCUGGUAAGGGUCCAGCGGGGGGGGAGUCGGGUGAUCCUCCCGCUGGUACCAGCGGUGCAUUUGCCAGGAUAUCAGAUGUCAUCCCACCACUUCCUGUGCCACAUGCGACAACAGACGAUGAUGACUGGGAGGCAUAACAUGGACAAUGAACACUUAAAGCAUUGAUAAUGAAAGCCUUCGAUAGUUUUGUGUACAAAGGACUUACAUUUUCCUCCAAUCACUUCACAAUAUUAUAAAAAGUGAUAAGUUCUCUUGCAGUGUAAAAUGGCCAAUAAUUGGCUUCAUAAUGAGAAGUGCAUUAGUUUGUAGUUAAACAAAACCUCACUAAAACUCCAAUAAUCAAACAAUUUAUUGAUAAUCAUAUUCAUUGUAAAACAUAUUUUCAUAAUAUUAGAACACUCUAACAAUUGUGGAACCAUUUCACUAACCACUUUCCAUUAAAUAAAAGUAAUUUUUGAAUUACAUAACA